AUGAGGGUUUUAACAACACCUUUCACUGCUGUUCUUCUCCUCUUCUUCAUCAUCUCUCCACCACCCACUUCCACCACGGCGGAGAUGGAAUCUCCGACGAUCCAGUCCGAUAACCUCGCUCCCUCCCCUUAUGUUCACUCCUCCUUCAACAAAACGUGCGAUCUGUUCUCAUUCCUCGACCGGAAAUGCGACCCUCAGCUCUCAUCUGUUUACUUUGCAUUUUCCAUCGUUUAUCUAUCCUUUCUCGUACACUGGAUUUUGGUUUGCUUCAAGGUGAAGCCAACUUUUCGCAGGAUUCAUCUACUGAUGGCUGGGUUGAUACAAGUGAAGGCACUUAACUUGAUCUAUGCUGCUGUGAACGCUACAGGUGGUAAUCGAUCAGGUCUCUUCUUCUACAUUUCUAAGUUCAUCAGUGUUGUCCGUUUGUCGAUUGUAAUCCAAUUAAUCGCUUCUGGUUGGUAUUUCAUGGAACCGAUCAUGCAAAAUGCGGAUAGAAUCGUUUUACUGCUUUUGAUCCUUCUUCAGGUUUUAACAAAUGUAGUUAGAAUAAUGAUUGGGGAUGCUAACAAUUCUGUUCUUGACUGGAUGAAUUUGAACGAUAUGUUAGGGCUGAUAGAUUUAAUUGCUUGUGGUGUUGUAAUGUUCCCCAUGAUUUGUUCGAUGGUGUAUACGCACGCUGAUGGGAUGAGGGAUAAAUUUUUUGAAAAGUUAACUGAAUUUAGGUACUUCUGUACAAUUGUUGCGUUUUACUUGCUAUUUCUGGGUGUUAUCGUGGGAAAUGAUAGAAAGACUGGCCAUAUUGGAUUAAACGCCAUUGAUGCUCACAAGUACUUGAUCGAGUCUAAUAUGGUGAUUGAAAUCAACAGUCUGACUUUCUACAUGAUCAUCUGUACCAAUUUCAGGAAACAAUUUGCUUUUCUUGUCGAUCAUCAUGAAUAG